CAGGUAACUCCCUCCGCGUAUUCGUGUUUUCGAGUCUCUUCAAUAUUGAUGGAGGGAGCGAGAUCGGAUCCCGUCGCGCGUCUUCAAACUUCCCCUUUUUUUUUUAACUUUGUUCUUCCCUUCGCCUUUUAGUUUAGUUGUCUUUUUCUCCGUCGCCGGAGGGAAUGCGACCCCUCCGAUCGCUCGCUAAGCCCUCGGAUUCCAAAGUCUUGGCGGCUCCAGAUCUCCGGAACAGAUUUGAAGCCCUUCUCAUGGAGUGGUGGAAACUGGCUUUCUAGAACUGGAAAGGUGUUGAGGAGAUGAAAGGCGUGUCCUGGGGCCUGAUUAUAGGGGUGACAAUAGGGGUGGUAAUUGGGGUGCUUUUGGCUGCAGCUGCUCUCCUGUGCAUUAGAUUUCGCAAGAGGCGUGCACCGAUAGGGAGUAGCAGUUCAAGGAGGGCUUCGACCAUCCCCAUCCGUGCCAAUGGUGUUGACACUUGUACAGAACUCUCAGACUCGACAGCAGGUCAGGAGUCCCCCAAAUUUGCUGAGGAAAGGGGCAUGUCCUCGUGGCCGGAGGGACCUAAGCGAAAGAAUUUGGUCUCAGUUUCUGGGAUUCUCAAAUACUGUUACAGGGAUUUGCAAAAAGCAACUAGUAAUUUUACAACAUUGCUAGGCCAGGGAGCAUUUGGUCCUGUUUAUAAAGCUCAGAUGCCCACUGGUGAGACAGUUGCUGUCAAGGUGCUUGCUACUCAUUCUAAGCAAGGCGAGAAGGAGUUUCAAACUGAGGUUCUACUUCUUGGCAGAUUGCAUCACCGGAACCUUGUCAAUUUGGUGGGGUAUUGUUCUGAGAAAGGCCAGCAUAUGCUAAUAUAUGAGUACAUGACUAAUGGCAGCCUUGCUUCUCACUUGUACAGUGAAAAGCAUGAAGCAUUGAGCUGGGACUGGAGGAUUAAUAUAGCUCUAGAUGUUGCUAGAGGCUUGGAGUAUCUUCAUGAUGGGGUAAGCUCUCAUAUCAUAUCACUAGCAGAAAAUAAUGGAGAAAGUAAGAAGUACAGUAAAGCUUUGUUUCUUUUGCUCGUUCUUAUGCAGGCUGUUCCACCUGUAGUGCAUCGCGACAUCAAGUCUUCAAACAUUUUGUUGGACCGGUCCAUGAGAGCUAGGGUUGCUGACUUUGGGCUUUCACGAGAAGAAAUGGUUAGUCGUCAUGCAUCUAAUAUCAGGGGAACUUAUGGUUACCUUGAUCCUGAGUAUGUAUCGUCAAGGUCAUUCACGAAGAAAAGUGAUGUAUAUAGCUAUGGCAUUUUGCUUUUUGAGUUGAUCACAGGCAGGAACCCGCCACAGGGUCUUAUGGAAUAUGUUGAGCUUGCUGCGAUAAAUUCUGAGGGAAGAGCUGGGUGGGAGGAAAUAGCAGACUCCCGAUUGGAUGGUAUAUUCGAUGUUCGAGAACUCAACGUAGUGGCAGCCCUUGCAUACAAGUGCAUCAGCCGAAUCUCCAGAAAGCGACCAUCCAUGAGAGACAUGGUCCAAGCACUGACACGUGUUGUAAAAGCAAGACACGGCAAGAGGCAUCGCAGCGAGCGAUCAUUGCCUUUCAUGGCAGAGGAAGAAUCCACAGAUCAAGAACCAUCAGAUCUUCGGACUUCGAUUUCUGAACAUCAGAGAGGGGAGUCCAUUGAUAGCCUGUCUGAUCUGCCUGAUGUUUGAUAGAUUUCUCCAUUCAUUUGUACUUUUCUUUUUUGUGUUCUUUUGCUGUUGAUAGUUUUGUUCAUUACAAAUGAGCUGUUGUAAUUUUGAAGGUUGAUGGGUUGGGACUUUGAAAGGUUCAUGGAUUUUAAUUUCUUUGUAAUGUUAGCCAUUUCUACAAUCAUUGUUCAUCUGCAAGGAAAGAUGGAAAGUGGUGUUGUUUCAUGGUUGUGACUUACUUCCAGUGUGCAAUCAAGUGACAUAUCUUAUAUGCUCUUC